AAUAGUUGCUUACAAACUUGCCUCAAAAUGAACCGAAUCUCUGAAGACAAAGAAAAUAAAAUUGAACCUCAAGACAGUUUCGAAGAAGAUUACGAAUCAACAAUUCCUCCCACUGUAAAUCGACAACUUGGCCAUGGAUGUAUUGACAAGAUUGUUUUUAAAAAUUUUUUGACUUACAAUUAUGUCGAAUGCAGGCCUGGUCCUUAUUUGAAUGUCAUUAUUGGACCGAAUGGAACAGGCAAAAGCUCAAUAAUUUGUGGCAUCUGUCUCGCCUUGGGAGGCUCUCCAAAAAUUUUGGGACGGUCAGAUAAUAUCUCGGAUUUUGUUAUGCAUGGAAAAGAUGAAGGAUCUGUUGAGGUUUUUAUCUGGGAUACUAGCCGAGGUCGUGCUGUAGCCUUUUGCAUAAAUAUUGUUUCUCAUAAAAAUUCUGCUACGUAUACUAUUGAUGGAAGGCAUAAAAAACAGUCUGAAUUGAAAGAGGAAAGUGGAAAAUAUAAUAUACAGGUGGACAAUCCUUGUACAUUUCUUGCCCAGGAUAAAGUUAAAAGUUUUGCUGAACAAGGACCUCAAAAACUUUUGUAUAAUACACAAAAGGCUGGGCCAAAAAAUUUACUCGAGAAACAUCAAAAAUUGGAAAAACAAUCAGUUGAAGGUUCAGAAUUUCAAAACGAAUUGGAUCAACUUAUUAAAAGAGGAGAACAAGUUGAUUUGGAAUUAAAAACUAAAAAACAGAGGGCAGAUGCUUAUAAAGAAUGGGCUGCUAGAAAUAGAAUAUUAAAUUUGUUGGAAAUUAAAAAGGCUUUAAUUGAAUACCAAAAUAAAUUGGAUGCCUUAAAAGAAGCUACGGAACGUGUAGAUACUGCUGAUAGACAAGUUAACGAAUCUAAAGCACAAUUGGAUCCGGUUAAUAAAUCAAUUAAAAAUGUUGAGGCGACAAUUGAAUCUUUGGAAAAAGAAAUUGGAGAUUUGAGAAAUACAAAUAAAACAGCAACAAAGAAAAUUGAAGAUGCUUUGCGUCAUAAUUCAUUGGAUGAAAAGUUACAAAAAGCAGCAGAUACUUUAAAAAAAGUACAAAAUACAUAUGCUCAAUGGGAUAAAGAAAAAGAAUCAAUUACUAAAGAAUAUGAUAAAUACAAAAAUUUUUAUGAAUCACUUUCUCAGAAAUUUGUAAGUGUUUUUAUUUGUAUUUUUUAA